AUGAACGCAACAGCCUGUAUCAUCGAGGCCAACCCCGAUGUAUCUGGAGUCGGGAAGUCAGAAGAACCGCCAGCUAACCCCCGACAGAUCCGCAUCUCAAUUUACGCCCUCUGCCUAGGCGGCUCGAUAGUGAGCUACCUACUCCGGGUAUUUUAUCCCGGCAAGGACCAAGAAGAAUUCUCACGAGGAGUCUCCUCCGCCCUCGGCAUGCAAGGUUUAGCGCUCCUCUGUACAGCAAUCUAUCAGACAUUCCGGGACGAGCUGACGCUCUUUCACGCAAUAUGUGUCAUACACCUUCUGGCCAUCUUAGGCAUGGACCUAGUCAGCAAAGGCCGGUACACAGGACUUGGCCCAUUAAGACUUUAUUACUUUGCCAGUAUGCAAAUCCUAGCUCUGGGUGCAUUUCUCGCCUUCAACGUCUACGUCUGGGUGACAGCGCCGAGGUUCGGCAGCCAGCCUAAGUGCAACACAGACACGGUGUAUGUGGUUUUUGGCGUCAGUGUCAAAGCGACUUCGCCCGUGUUCCGUUAUAUCAUUCUUGGGAGUCUGGGCGCAAUUGUCGCUAGCUUCGCCAUUACUUUUGUGUGCAUGUUGCCGUGUCUGUUUUUCAUGUAUCGGAGACGAAAUCCCGCUGGGGGUAGGGCUGAGGGUCUGUCCAGGGGUUGGAUUCAUUGGUCUGUGGAGGUCAGUCCUGCUGUUUAUACAGACCGUGUUGAGCCACCGAAGAGACUGCAUGGACAGGCAUUGCUCAAAUACACGUUGAACAAGGUGGCAUACUGCUCGUUCUGUGUAUACCUGAUUGUUUCGCUGGAGCAGACUAUCAGUCGCAACCACCUCGACCCCGAAGAAAAAGGAUGGACAUUUGGACAGGUUAUUGCCAUUUUCCUCUUGUUGGGGGUCGCCAAUGAGCUGCUCAAUGUUCUUCUUGCGACAUGGGAUAGGAAGAAGAAUGAAAAUUCUCAGCAGCUGGUACAAGUCACGUCAGACUCGGUACAGGUCACGCCGGGCUCUGCGAAUUCAGUGCAUUCCCUUGCUUGA